AUGUCCUUUCGCAAUCGAGAGAAACCAAAACAUACUUCUGGAAUGAUGAAAGAUGAUUUUGAUUUAAAAGAUAUUAAUGAACCUGAAGAACUAAAUUUAGAUCAAAAGAUGGAUUCAUUACUUAGCAAAUAAAGAUAUCAUUUUAAACGUGAGAUUUCAUAUAAAAGAAAACAUAUUCUUAAUCUUAUUACUGAAUAACAAACAUAAUCUACUAAACCUAAUUAACCAUCCUAAUAAUAAACUUUAAUUUCAAAUAAUACCUCUUCAUUAUAAGAUGCCAUCCCACAAAUAUUAUUUGAUGAAGGAGAUAUUAUAAAAGAACAUUAACAAACCUAAUCUUAAUUCUCUUAAUUAAAUAAAGAAGCUCUCUCCCCUUCUGUACCUCACAGAUUCACCUCAAAAAUAAGAUCAUAAUUUUCUUAUUAUUCUAAUGAUUCUUACAAUUCUAAUUUGGAGUUACAUCUUGGACAAAAAUAAGACUCUCAUAAUCAACUUUCAGAAACAAGAAAAGAUAGAUCUAAAUUAGUGAGUAACACUGUAAAUCAAUAUAAUCAACAAUACUUAUUAAGAUAAUCUAGAAACAAAAUCAAUAAAAUUAAAAAAAAUAAUCCUUAAUCAUCUUUGCUACAAUUAAAUUUAUCUGAUAAAUCAAGAUCAUAAAGUUCCAAUACUACUCCCAAAAGCAUUUUAAAAAAUCCAUCAUCUCUAAAUUCGAGUAAAUAGAGUUUUUGCAGUUUAUAACUUGGUAGUUAAUUAAAUUCAAUAUCACCCUCGAAAUCUCGUAAAGUUAAAUUUUGUUUAACCAAAUAAUAAGCAAGAAGAGAGAAUAUUGCAUGCUGA